AGUUGUCACGCGUUUAAGUGUUAAGACGAAAUCGUGCUUUAUAUUUAGAAUAAGCACUCUGUGUUAAGCCAGCGCUCACCUGUUGCCUCUCUGUGUGUGUAAGUGUGCGUUGGGGCGCAUGUGAGAUUAUCGAGCGGCUUUAUUAAAGACUUAAAUAUGGCUCGCCUUACUUUGCUGUUAGCCCCACUGCUGCUGAGCUGUCUUCUGUUGAACUCUCGUGUGGAUGCUAAAGAAUACAUGCGUUGCCAGUUGGCGAAAGAGCUUUUGCUAAAAUACGGUAUCAACAAAACGUUUCUCUCCAACUGGAUUUGCUUGAUCGAGCACGAGAGCAAUAGGAGCACCAAAGUGGUGAAACGAAAUCCUAACGGCAGCGCCAGUUACGGACUCUUCCAGAUAAGCAGCAAGGAAUGGUGUCGAGUUAGUCGCAAAGGUGGCCUUUGCGAUAAGAAAUGUGAAGACUUCCUUGAUGACAACAUAGACGACGAUGUGGUGUGUGCGAAGCGAAUAUUCGAACGUGAUGGCUUCAAAAAUUGGCCCGGCUGGAGUGCAUCGUGCCGCAACACCCAGAACCUGCCAAAUCUCGGCCUGGCGUGCAACAUACAGACAGUGUAAACGAUAGUGGAACCGGGUGGAGUGUAGAUUUUGUAACUAACAGCAAAAUGCUACACACACAUACUCGUAUACCAUUGGCAACGCUACUUACUGAAUAAAAUUACAGGAAGGGAUGAACAAAAUAUUUUUGGAAAAAAAUUUAGAAAUCAAAUACAUACAUAUAGUGUUUACAAUAGA